AUGGCGGCCGUUGUCUUCGGCGGGGCCCACUGCGGCUGCUCAGAAAGCCAAGGUUGGGCGAUCGAGUCUACAGCCCUCCCCCUGCCGCGGAGCUGCCGAGUGAAACCCGGGCUGUGUCGCUAGGGGUGAAGGGGGCAUAGGGGUGAAGCCACGCAAGACGAGGAUCCAGAGCCUUGGUGCUGUGUGCCCACCCCUCGUCUCCGGGCACCAAGGCUGCUCGAGCCCAGGGUGUUUUUUUUUCUGUGUUCUCGCCACCUCCCAGUCCCUGGCCCAACAUGAUACUGACCAAAGCCCAGUACGACGAGAUAGCCCAGUGCCUAGUGUCUGUGCCGCCUACCAGGCAGAGUCUGAGGAAGCUGAAGCAGAGGUUCCCCAGUCAAUCGCAGGCCACUCUGCUGAGCAUCUUCUCCCAGGAGUACCAGAAACACAUUAAAAGAACACAUGCCAAACAUCAUACUUCGGAAGCAAUUGAAAGUUACUACCAGAGGUACCUGAACAAAGUCAGGAAAAAUGGAGCUGCCCCAGUGCUCCUGGAGCUGGCCAACGAGGUGGACUAUGCACCCUCAUUAAUGGCUCGGAUUGUACUGGAGAGGUUUCUACAAGAGCAUGAGGAAACUCCACCAGCGACCUGGCUGGCCUUUGGCAAUGAAAUGCAGUGCACAUGGCUCCGCAGUCAAAUCAUCAAAUUUCCCUCCUCCAAGUCUGUUAUAAAUAGUAUGCUACGGGACCCUUCUCAGAUUCCAGAUGGAGUUCUAGCAAAUCAGGUCUAUCAGUGCAUCGUGAACGACUGCUGUUAUGGGCCACUGGUGGACUGCAUCAAACAUGCUAUUGGUCAUGAGCAUGAAGUCCUGCUGAGAGACUUGCUUCUAGAGAAAAAGCUGUCCUUCCUAGAUGAAGAUCAGCUCCGUGCAAAGGGUUAUGACAAAACACCAGACUUUAUUUUACAAGUACCAGUUGCUGUAGAAGGGCACAUAAUUCACUGGAUCGAAAGCAAAGCCUCAUUUGGUGAUGAAUGUAGCCACCAUGCCUACCUGCAUGACCAGUUCUGGAGCUACUGGAAUAGAUUUGGGCCAGGCUUAGUCAUCUACUGGUAUGGAUUUAUCCAGGAGCUGGACUGUAACCGGGAGCGGGGCAUCCUGCUCAAAGCCUGUUUCCCCACGGACAUUGUAACCUUGUGCCAUAGCAUAGCUUGACCCUGAUGAUCCUGGAAGAAAAGCUGGGAGGAAAAGGUGAAUGCGGAAGCAAUUUUACUUUCCUGCAGUGUAAACUCCUGGCAACAUCUGCCCUGAACUUCAGCUGAACCCUUCCUGCCCAUGGUCACACCACUGCCUCUUUAGACAAACAUAUCAAGAGUUUCUGUUUUCCUUCAUCCCUUGCCGAUGUGAACAGCCAAGAACUACAGACACAACCCACUUAUUAUCAGCAUUUCUGUCUCUGUCAAACAGUUAGUUUAUAGAUAGUCAUAAUCUUCCUUCCUUCCGGAUGGCUUCUCCUUGUAUACUGAACAAAAGAAGAAAUGUGGAGACUGAAAGGUGUGGUUUUGCAAUUCUCCUCCCAGUUACCGAAUCACCCUGGUAUUUGUUUCUAAGCCUCCAUUCAUUCUGUCCCCCCAGCCCUCUCUUCAUGCACUCACAGCUACUGUGCUUUGCAUCGCCACCGUGGCCUCCUCUACCACGGGCCUAGCAGAACUGAAGCCGUGAAACUGUAGCCGGGUCCUCACUGUCCCCUGCAAGGCCCCAGGAGCCCUCCAGGGCAGCCUGUGCUUGUUUUGUCCAGUCUUUAUGGUUUCCUGCCUUCUGUGGCUUCAGUCCAAGCUGAAAAAAUACACUUGAUGAGAAUUUCCUCUUUUUAUAAUACUUAUUUGAACACCCAACAUUUUCCAUUUAUCUCAUUUAAAAGUAUUAGUUACAUUUUGUCUGGAAACUACACUCCUUCUUUGUAUUGGGGGCUGGGGGGAGAGAGCUGAAGCUCAGUGCCAGCACUGACAGUUUAUUUUUAAACACAGCCAGUUGUCAGUAUGUUUCGUAAUCAGUAUUUUUAUGAGUAAAAUGUUUUUAAAAGCACAUUCUGUACACUACUUUGUGUCCGUGUUUCAUACUACAUAAUUAUGUAAUGCUCAAAUAGUUUUGGUAUUAGAAAUGUCCAGCUUUGAAUGAAUUAAGUGUCCUGGCAAUAAACCUAGAGCAAUUUUCAAAUAAAAUAGGAAUUUUUUUCAUUUUAAUUUAUUGUAAACUUUUUAUACUGCAAACCAAAUUUCAAUCUGGAGCAAAACAACAUUAAAUUCACGAUAAACCUAUAUUUUGCAUAGUUAAGAAUUAAUCUAUGCCCAAAAAUAUAGUUAGUGAACUAUUUGCCCCCACAUUGACAGAACAUAGUAUCUUUUAUAAUGUUGCAUAGAUGAGUUUGGGUGUAUUCAUAAUGUAACUUCUACAAACACCUUCAAGUUAUUUAUGUUGCUUGGUUCUUUCAAGACUAAAUAUGUCACUCGUACUUCAUUCAUUUGGUACCUAAGAAGGUUUUUAUACCCAAAGUUUGCUACCUUUCUUUUUGAAAGGCACAAAUAUGGUCAGGUCCGAAUGUGUAGAUUUUAACCCUGUUGUGAGUUGCCUUAAACAAAAGAGGAAAAGAAUGAAAUGGUAAGGAGGUAUCAGCAAACUUCUGUUUCUGAGCAAGUUAUCAUGCAGGUGUUGUGAGUGAAAUAGAAUUAUGUGAAACCCCUGAUAGUCUUGAUAUACACAUGUACACAUACAUUUUAAACAAAACUGUUAAAAGCAGUUUUCAUGACAUACCCUAAAUUGCUCUUUCUUCUUCUAGGAAUAAAUUACAUUUAUCUACACAAAUGUUGAAAACCCUGUUAAACCCUUGUCAAGGAUUUGUUUGUUUUACAUUAAACAAAUUAUGAUGAGGAUGCACAAAUAAAGUAAAAAAUAAGGA